AUGGCGGUCGACGGCAGCGCGGCGUGGAGCGUGGCGGCGGCGCUGGCGCUGCUGCUGGCGCUGCGGCUGGCGGCGGCGCUGCUGCCGCUGUGGGCCGUGGCGCGCAUGCGCCGCUGCGCCGGCCACCGCCGCCUGCUGCUGCUGGCGUCGCGCUUCGCGGGCGGCGUGCUGCUCGCUACGGCGCUGCUGCACAUGCUGCCCGAGGCGCGCGACCAGCUGCCCGAGCACGCCUGGGGAGGGUGCCUGGCGGAGCUCCUGCUGGGCGCGGGCCUGCUGGCGAUGUACGUCCUGGAGGAGGUGUGGCACGGCCGCUCCCAGCCGCCUCCGGCCGAGCCGCCGCCGCCGCUGCAGCUGCCGGCGCUGACCGCCGCGCAGCAGAAGGCGGCCGCCCCCGCGCUCGCUGCCGCCCCCGCGUGCCCCUGGCCGCCGGCCAGCCGCAUCGCCCCCGCAGACUCCACGCAGCACCUGCUGGCCGCGAACGGCGCCGACGGCGGCGGCGGCGGCGACGCGGGCUGCACGUGGGCUCUGAUCCUGGCGCUGGGCGUGCACUCGCUGCUGGAGGGCGUGGCGCUGGGCCUGCAGGCGACGGCGCGCGACGCCUGGCUGCUGCUGGCCGCGCUGUCCGCGCACGCCGUGCCGCUGCUGCUCUGCGUCGGCGCCAAGUUUUUGGAGUGGUGGUCGUGGUAA